GGCCCAGGUCUGUUCAAUGCCCUCGACGGUCUUGGCGGCGGCGGUGAGAUCAGCAGUGCCAUCUACGCGACGUUCGCCUUCACCGCUUUCUUUGCCGGCUCGAUCAACAACGUCGUUGGUCCGCGCCUCACGCUUCUCAUUGGGAGCAGCGGCUAUGCCGUGUACAUCGGCUCUUACCUGUGCAUCCUCCCCGCGUCACUGACCGACCGGCCAGAUGAACUGUCCACAGCGCCAUCAAUCUUGACCCUAAUGCCGGCGGCUUCAUGAUCGCGGCGGGCGCGAUCUCCGGUGUCUGCGCCGAAUUGCUCUGGACGGCCCAGGGCUCGCUCAUGUUGGCGUACCCGGCCGCCGAGGACCAGAAGGGUAUCCGCUUCGGCAUCUUCUGGCGAAUGGGUGGGUGGUCGAAUAGACUGGCUGGCGAACGGGCUGGUGAAAAGAUAUGUCGCUGACCUGGUCCAUACUUUGGUUCGCUGAGGUAUGCGGUGUAGUUACAACAUGUAAAUCGAUACAAGUAUAUCAUAUGCCAUACAUUUGCCCAGUAGGAGCACGU